AUGACGCAGGCACGUCGCAAUCGAGCGCAAGAGCCGGGGCGCGGCACGACCCCAGCAGGCGAGGGUACUAGUAGUUCCGGGCAACAGGGAGGGUACUCACCCACAACACACAUCCUGCCACGCACGCCCCCGCCCACGACCCGCCCGCUGGCCGUCCCGCGCACGGAGAGCGAGCACAACGACCUGCCCAAGCUGCUCACGAAACUGAAGAGGAUGGAUAGUCAGGAUACGGCGGUGUCGCCAAGCAGGCGGCCGUCGUGGAAAGGCGCGCUAGGCGCUAAGAUCCAGAGGAUCCUGUCGACGGGCGAGGAGUCGACGAAGGACGAGGAGUCGACGCUCGCGGGGGAGGACGUGUCGUCGCUGAAGAGCUGGCCUGCGCGAGGGAGGGGGAAGGCACUCUGCCGGCCUCCUCCCUCCCCCUCCACGACCUCCUGCACCGUCCUGCGCUCGCCGUCCCUCGCGAUCUCUGCACAGCGCGAUGCAUGCGACUGCGCGCUCAUGGCAUCCCGUCUGCACCCUCAAUCUCACAUGCCCGCGUCCAAUCGCAUGCGACAGCUUCCCAUUGAUGUCCCGGUCGUGCAUGCGUAUGGCCCCGACCUGCCUACGACUUCAUUCGGCGCUGCACCGACGCGUGCGCGUCUCGCACGCCGAGGCAGCGACCGUCCUAUCGAUCCACCUGGCCGUCCGCGCUACAAAAUCGAAACACCUGCUCCCCAUUGCGCAGUACACGCUGGAGUCGUUCACCACGACUCGCAGAACUACGCCCGUGACGUCGUCGACACUCCGUGCCCGCCCACGCGCUCGCCCGCAAGACCGACCUUCAACGCCCACGCCCCGCAACGCUUAUACGCGAGGUACAUGCUUAUCACACCUUGA